AUAAAAGAGACACGACUGGCGCUAUUUCUCAACUUCUCUCUGCACAUCUCAGGAGGAUCUCAGUCAUGAGAACUCUCGUCCUUGCCUUGCUUGUGAUCUGCUGUUUCGCCGCAUACACAGUGGAAGGUGUGGGAAGUGAAGUCCUAGGAAGGAGUAUGUGUGUGGCACUAACUACCAAGCCGCUGCAUUUUAAACAAAUCAGCAAAUACACCAUCGAUGAGGGCCCCCUGAAAGCAGUCAUAUUUAUCACCAAACGUGGCAUUAAAAUUUGUGCUAAUCCAGAUCACAAGUGGGUGAAAAACGCUGUCAAAUAUGUGCACCGGUCAGCCAAAAAAACUGUGAUCAGGACCUCACCUACACGAGCCCAACAAGCGACCAUGACAGCCUUCAAGACAACCACCGCUACAUCUGUGACCCUGACUGGGUAGUGGCCUUCUGACCACUUGCCCUUCAUGAGUUAGCCAACUUGUAUCCCUUUACAAGUUCAUGGACUAAUUAAAUUAUAUCCACUUAUUAUGAAUGUGCUGCAUAAGUCGUUAUUUUCCUGUAUGUUUAUGUUGAAUGUGUUUUCUAUUCAU